AUGGAGCGAUACUUAUCGCUGGUGUCUGCUAGGCCGACAGAGCCGGAGUCUGGAUCCGAAACAGAGUCGAUGUCAACUACAGAAUCAGACCCAGAGUCAGAGAAGGAACUACAGCCACCUACAAAAUCCCUAUUUCCGUUAGAGACAGAUCCAGCACCCAUUACCCCGACUCGAUCUAAAAGCAAAAGGAUCGAUAGGCCAAUGACUCCGGAAGACCCACUCCUAGAACUCCUUGGACGACGCGGAGCAAAACGGGGGACUAGCCCCCAAAGAAUAAAACCAGAGCGUCGCUCGAUGUGGGAGAAGCUUGCAUCCGGGGGGGAAACCUCCCCGCUGCCAUACAAGGCCACAACUCCCUCGCCGGAUCCUGCAAAGCGGCGGGGAUCUCGAAAGGCUAUGAGAGACGAUUCUGGCUCUCCCGUAAGUUUACCUUCCCCUGCGCCUGUUGAGGGAGAGCAGCCGCCCAAGGAAGAAGUGAGAUUGCCACCAGAGAUACCGGAAAGACCCAGGCGGACUAAAGUUAAGGCAAGAAGGACAACAUUAGCAGUACCAGUCGAGGAACUUGUGGUCGAAGCAGGGAAAAGCUUUGCCAGCGCCCCUGCAACACCAGUGUCCUCAAUGGAGGGUUCUCCGCCGAAGAGAAGAAAUACCAAGAACAAAAGAUUGUCAGCACAGGAUGAUGGCCAGGCAAAAGAGGUGGAAACACAGACAGAUACGCCAUUAUCUGAGCCUCUGUCGUUCAAGCAGGCCGAGCUAUCAGUAGACCCUACACCUCGGAAGAAAAAGAGUGACAUCAGCACGGGGACAUUUGGGCCAAAGUUGGCAUCUGCUACAAGUUCAUUUUUCAAAGCUGUCAAGGCAGAGUUUCAAGCGGAACUGCAAGCGGCAACCCAAGCUGCCGAAUCGGCUUCUUCCAGUGAGGGGGAAGACCUCGACGUUCUCAACUACUCUGUUGACCAUUCUAAGCCUGCCGGGUCUAUUCAAGAGCAAGGCGAAGGCAGCGACGGGGAUCAUGAGAUAGCAGCAAGCCAUCUAGCGGCAGAAGGACUAACACCGCCUCCUCCGACACCUGCGGCUUGGGCUGCCGAUACAGAUACGGAGACCGAGACCGAAACAGAAACAGAGUCCGAGUCCGAGUCCGAGACUAAAUCGGGUACGAGAUCGGAGUCGGGCUCGCAAACGAUGCAAGAGCAGCAACCAAGCGCUAAUCCUGCCCAAGAUACUGAAGCUUCCCCGGAACCGCAAGUGCAAGUCUGGUCUCAACCGGAACCGGAAGCUUUGGCUGAGAAGAAACCCCUCGCAACUGCAUCCCGGAGGUUGAGUGGCAAUUUUUUGCUUGGAGAAUCUCAGACGCUGCUCCCUAAGAGAAGUCUCCGCAGUUCACCUUCACCUCCGAAACCAAAAAGAAGGGGAUCAAAAGCUAGAUCUCAAGGAACACGCACGCCUACAUCUCCCACUUACGGGGGCGAGGCUCGCUCUUACACUGACAAUGGGUCCACGAGGGCGCCUUCAGACGCUUCCUUGUCUACUGUUAAGCCUCUCAAUAUCAAGCCCAGAGAUCCUUCCCCAGAGCGCCAAACUCCCCCUAUGCAGACUCCCCAGGAACCGGGUGGCGAGGUUUAUUACACCCCGGGUUUGCUCACUGAAAGGGCUAGCUUGAAACGAAAGUACACGAAACAUGCUGAUCUCAUCUCGAUACUCUCAACAUCAAAACCAAGCAAAAGCUUGAGGUCUGCCACUAGAACCAGAAGCCGCGGGAAGACGUCCCGAAAGGUUUCAACAAUCACCAUUCAAGAUUUGAUGGCUGAACUAGCUACAGAGGAAGUCAAAUAUCUCCGUGAGCUCCGAACCCUAGUCGAAGAUGUGAUCCCUGUGCUCUUCCAGACUGUGCUGGAGCGUGCGGAUGAUGUUGUUAGACGUCGGUCUUUGAGUGGAGGGAAGCCCGACAACUACGGCCUUCGGACAGGCUUUGCAACAAAUCCGACAAGGCCCAUUGUAGAUAUGGGAAUUUCGUUGGAGCGUCUUAAAACAGUUCAUGAGAGGAUGCCUAGGAAAAAUCCCAACGAACUCCUGACCUGGGCUAUGGAUGCUAGGAGGGUCUACGAAGAGUAUCUUUCUGUUUGGAGAAUGGGAUUCCAAGAUGUUGUCGUGACCCUAGCGCCGGAUUAUGAGGAUGAGAAGGAGUUUAGGGAUCACCAAGCAGAGGUCACGAGGCAAGGCUUGGAAAUGCUAUAUAGUUUCACACAACCAACUCCUUCUGCUAUAUCAUAUGAAGGUGAUCCAUCGACUUGGGCCAUGCCGCCUCCACCAGAGCCCAUAGACGAAGGCGAAAAGGUGGAUGUGGCAUUCCUUCUCAAGAGACCACUCGUGAGGCUAAAGGUUUUGGCGAAACUUUUCAAGGUAUGAACAUUUUCAUCCCCCAAAUUUUCGAGCGUAGAGCUCCGGGCCCACUGUUGUGAAAACUUGUUGAUAUCAGCGGACGUUUGAAUCACUCCAUUCCCCUAUGCUUUCGUUUUGAAAUAAUGGAUUGUGUUACUAAAUAUCAGGAUUAGAGGAUAAAUAUAUUACAACCUUCAGCUUCCACACAGGCCUUAACAUCAGCCUUUCACGGGGUCGUAGCAAUGGCCCGCCGUAAGAUUGCUGAGGAGAAAGCACGGAUUGAGGAUGAGGCUGCAGCAUCAAUAAGUGUUGUUAAUGUCUCUGAUAUCCACUCUUUGCUUCCCCGGCAUGACGUUUCACUCGAUCCAACUAAGCGUGUACGGGCACGUGACAGUUUCUACAUGCGUCUUCACCACUCAUCCGGAAGGGUCCUUCAGCGCAACGUCGAAUUGAUACUUCGUGAUCCUGCCGGGAAGGCAAGACCUGAACGCACUGAAAUCUUAGUCUGCCAGUUCGGGGAAGGGGAGGUUUCUGAUAAAUGGCUUUUGUUCGCACCGAUCCCCCUGGGUGCUAUAUCUGCCAGGACGGGUGACGCAGCAGGUGAAAUUGUCGUGAUGGUCAGGGGGAUGGAUCUAAACAGCCAGGCAGAGCUUCGGGAGAUUCUCGUUUUGGGCUCUCCCACCGCGGCCGGAUUUGAAUGGGUUCAGAUGCUCGGACUGAUUCCGAUCCCUCCGGAGGGACCUUUUACGGACAAGCCUUACCAAAUGCACACGCUAGAGACAUUGACUGAAGAGGGAACACUUUCCUCACGUUGGCAAACGCCAGCUCCGGCGCACUCCUCUCAUGGGCCAAAGACACCAAAGGCUCUAUCCCAAAAAUCAGAACAGGAAACGGCAAAGAAUUCAGAGAAAUCAGAAAGUGCUGUUGACGUUUUCUCAUUCCUUGAGCCUGAUAGGGGAACACAAAGGCAAGAACCGGCACCCACUGUUGUAGAACUCCCAAAGACAGUCAAGCCACCCUUAAAAAACGUAUCUGGGAUAGAGGGCACGAAUGAAUUUAAGCCGGCAGAGCGAUACGAGGUCCUCCCACCCGACUUUGCCGUGAUGCCAUGCAUUGUGGAUGGAUAUAAGUUCCUCGGCGGCCAUUUCAAGGCCCCCGAGACCAAAAUUAGUGCCGGGCCCGAACCCGGAGCUCAGGAUCCCCUCGCUUCCCCACCUCUCCGUUAUUCGGUGUCCUUGCACACAUUGAGCGACAGGUACUCAGCCCCUAGCGAGGGUCGGAGCCCGAGCCUCCAACGUUCUCGCAGAGCCAGCAAGCCUUCGCCGUCAAGAAGGAAUUCAACUAUCAGCAACGACUCUGACGCCCUCACGCUCGGCCCAUCAGAACCCUCCAACUAUUUAGUGCCCGCCCCGGCUAACACCCUUUCGCGCACAAGGUCAAUCCAUCUCGACGAUGAGGCCCGUUCUACCGCUGCUCCAGGGAAGCCUGCCCUAAGAUCGCCGUUCGAGGAUAUACCAAACCUUUCCCCCGACUCCAAGCCUGAGGAAUCAGAAUCUCUGACCCCAGUUAAAAAGGGCGCAAAGGCUGAUAUACCUCCUCCGGUACCUCCCCAUAGAGUCCCUACUACCUCCCAAGCACGCGAUUCAAACUCACCUUCUCGGCCAUCAGUAAUUCCUUCAAUGCCUAGCAACUCUUCUCUGUCUUCUGGAAAAUCUGGCUUUAAUGUCCGUCGCCGCACUUCCAGUCCCCUCAAGCAUGAAUACGACCCAUCAUCGCCAUCGGGGUCUGAGUCGGAAUCCGAGGAAGAGGAGGACAAAGAGGAGAUGAAUCUACAGCUUAAAGAAAAGGGCAAUAAUGCUGAAACGGCGGACGAUGAAUCCGUAUCGUCGGGUUCAGAGGAAUCCUCAUCAGAAGCCGAGGAAUCUGACGAUGCUGUUUCCAUCUGUUCUGAAGAAGAAGACGGAGACUAUCCUCCCCCGAUGCUAUCGAUCCCCAGGCGGGUAUCUAAGGAGCCAUCGGGGAUAAUUUCACUUCCAAGGCAAAGGCCUUCAUCCCUGACAUUGGCCUCACCCGCUCCUGCUAUUCAAGCCCCAACUCCACAUGCGUACAAGUUCCGAGCUUGGGUUUUCACAUGGACCACGAACCAGUGGGAGAAACUGCACUCGAAUGAAUGCAGGAUCGUGAUAACCUCCGGGCAUAUUGAAGGCUUCCCGUCUGCAUCACCCCCAUCCAGCCCGGGCAGUGCCACCCCGUCCGAAAAGCUUAGCGCCGAUAAGGAUACGCCCCCAACAGAUAUCGCAUUGCCAAAAAAACUAUCCGAGACAUCGCUAGAAUCUACAACGCCGGUGUUUAGUCUCGAUCUAAAUCCUGUUACACCCGUUCGACGUGGUACUGCCGUUGAUGUUUCUAUCAGAACGCCUCCAAACUCCAAAUUCUCUGGCGCGAGUCUUAUGCUCCGCUGCAGAUCCCCCGCCGAAUGUGAAACCCUUUACAACACGAUCAACAACAGCAGAGUGUACCCGGUCAACUACCAAGUUCCGAGCACGCUCCUGAGCUCACUCGCAUCUUCGGAGAUGGGGAUUAGUGAUGCCUCGUCAACUACCGCUGGUGGCAGCGUGAAGAGAGGCUGGGGAAGCUGGGGAAGAUCAAAGACUUAUCGCAACGGGAUCGCAGACAGUAAUCCAGGAAGCAUCAUAUCUUCCGGGCCAUCCGAGACCUCAGUCGGCAGCCUUUCUUCGGCAUUCUCCAGAUUCCGCCAGCACAACCGCAUAUUCAAGAGCCCCCCACUCAGCUCAGUUGCGUCCAGUUCCUCAAGCAAUGCAGGUGAUUCCCGCGGGGGAAGCCCCUCUGCUCUAAGUAUGCCUGCAGUGGACGGCAACCCCGUCUUCAAAAUACGACUUUACCGCCGCGAAAACGCGUCCAAGUGGAGAGAUCUUGGAAAUGCGAGAUUAAGCAUCCUCAAGGCUCCAAACACAGGCCAGAAACAGCCGAAUAGCUUGAGUAUCGGAGAGGAAAAGAGGAUCAUUGUGACGAAUAAAGCGGGGACAUUGGUAUUCCUCGAUGAGGUAUUGGGAGAAUCGUCGUUCGAGCGCGUAGCUAGAACUGGUAUUGCCGUUAGCGUUCUUGUCGGCGAGGGCGAGGAGAAUGGCACCGGCGUCCCGGGGGGCGUGGGCGGUAUCGGCGCGAAGAGUAUUGUUUAUAUGAUGCAGGCAUGUCCCCUCCUCUUUAUGAAAGCCUAAUUAUCAACGGGACAGUGCGCUAAUGUAAUACUCUCUAAAUAGAUGAAAGGCGAGGCCGAAGCAGCAUACACCUUUUCCAUUGUCGGCAAACUAAGAUAC